UUCUACAUCUUUUAGUCACCUAGAAUACAGACCCAUCACUAGCAUUUCCUUUUGUAUUUUAUGCCCACAUUUUGUCAUCACCUUCUAUCUUCAUCUCCUAGUUAGCAAGCAUCAUUUUCUCUGAUUCUUAUGCUACUCAUCAGCAUCCACAACUCUAUCCAUGCAUCUUUAAGAAAUCAAAACCAGAAUUAGAAAGAGAAGAACAGAUAACUAGCUAGCUAGCUAGCUAGUCAUAAGGAAAGUAUAUAUAUUUUCCAGCUUAUUUCUACUUUAUUUUUGAGAUUUUCUAAUGCAAGUUGAGCUACUCAUUCUCCAAUUUUUUGCUUGAUUGAUCUGUUAUAAUUUAAAUACAGGUCUGUGCUUGCAUUGAUAGAAGAUUUAACAGGGUAUUCUGUCAACCAUUUCUUUUGGGGAAGCAUUUUGCUAAUUGAGUUGUGAGGAUUUGUAGAAUCAGAAUUAAUGGAGGGUGAACCAACUGACCAACAAGAAUUUUCUUUCGAGUUUUUCUGGAAUGAUGUUAAUCCGUUGACUAGCAAUGAUGGUGCCCAACUUUCUCCGAUACCUACAAAUUUCUCAAACGAGCUUGGGGAGCUAGGAUCAUCAUGUGUUAGCAAUGCGCCUGCACUGAAUCAAGUAAACCCCAAUCAGAAUCUCGCACCAUCUAUAAAUGGCGAUGGACAACUUCUGGAUUCAGCUCAAGAUGCUCUAAAUUGGGAACCCUCAUUUUCCUCGUCAUCAUUCUAUUCUCCGUUGGAGAACCCACCAUUACAAGCUGCAGGAAGCUUGUCAGGAAGUGAGGAUGUGAAUGGCGAAGGAAUCACAUUUCUUUCAGUCGUCGAUGAUCCAAUUUUAACACCAAUUUUGGAUUUGGAAACACCCUCGUUUAGUCCUCCAGGGCCACCUCAGCCUUUUUUUCCAGGAUCUCCCUCGUUUACUCUUCCAGCACAAGCAACUUACCCUCCCGCAACGGUGGAAAUGGUUCUGGAAAAUGGAUUGAUUCAAUCAUUUCCUCCUGAAGAAGAAGAUGUUAAUUGGAUGAAUCUCGAUGGAUUUAACAAUUUUCAAGAUCAAAUUGGCUUCCAAAAUGAGAUUCUCUCGCCUCAAACGAACCAAAUCGGUGUUGAUCAAUAUGGAGAAUAUCUUGCAUAUGAUUUUCCGCAAACACCCAUCGAUCAACCUUCAUUUUCUGCGAACCAAACAUUGAUAGGAGAUGGAGUGCCACCAUGGACGAACCAACAACAACCAUAUUGGCCCUCACUUAAUAAUACUCCUUACAUGCCAUCAACUCCAUUAAGGCCCCAGCAGUUGCCAAAUCAACCACAAUAUAAUCAAGUCCCUGGAAUAGAAAAUUUCUACUCUCCCCAGGGUGGUGGUCCUUCUAUGAAUCCUAGUUACAGGCCCCAGAAUUUGCCAUACCAAUUUGAUCAAGUUCCAGUGCCGACCAGUAUAUAUGAUCCGACCAUGCUGCCAGACCCUUCUCUAUUUUUAAGGCCACAGACUGGUCAACAUCAAGGACUGCAGAAUCAAGAUUCUAGUGCCUCAAACCCUAAUCUUGAUGCUUCCCAGCAAACUCAACUCUUAAGUUCAGAAACUCAUCAUGAUCAAAAUGGAAUUCUAGAAGAACAUAGUGGUGGAAAGAGCAUAAUUAAAGUUGGGGAUGGUAAGAGCAUAUUCGAAAUUGGGAAUGGAAAUUGCUUUGAAGUUGAGGAUACACUAUCAUCAUCAUCUACAUCUAAUAAACGCUCAAGGGUAGAAUUAACAACUAGAGAAAACAAUCGACCAGCGUCACGACGUCAGCGAGUGAAUUGGAUGGGCACCCAAGGCAACCAAGAAGGGAUGUCUUCUGUUUCUGUUCAUUCUAAUUCAAGGUCAACGUACAGAAACUCCAACUAUGAUCCAUUGUUUGAAGGGAUUGGCUUACCUAUUGACCCUCAUCUGCGAAUGUUUUCUUUGAUAUAGUUUCUUGGCACUUGAUGCACAAGGGCUAUGGAGAUAUAUUUGAAGGGAAAUAGUUACAACAAUUCCUAAUUGCUUUUUCAGAAGAAAAAGAAAAAUUUAGACUAAUGAUGCUUUAACAAGAGGGUCCAUGCAGUAGUUCAAAUUCCCUCUGAUCAGCUGUAAUUUGAACUUGUACGUGGUUACAUUAUAUAUAUCAUUGGUUUUCAACUC